AUGAACGCGGGAAGACGUCGACCAUGGGCCCACACGGUGGGUGAAGAUGCUGUGCUUGAGCAUAUCUUCAAGAAGUUGUCGACUUCUGCUACGGAAAGUGAACCCGAGUCCUCCGCGUCCGAUGCUUUGCCAGAAGCUUCUCCGCUUUCUUGGCGAUCUAGACGCCAUGACGUGCAGCUUCCGCAGCCUCCCAAGCCGCCAUUGCCCUGGUGGAACCUGUUAAUGGAUGACGCUUACAUGUGCCGAGAAAUGGUCAUUACACACUGUAUCGAGCAAAAGUUUGUUGGGUUAUGGGUGUCCAUCAGGAACCUUGAAGAGUUAGCGGAAGCGCCUAGUUUGGAGGACCCCGACCUUGCGAUGCCGCCUUCGUCGUCUCAAGCCGCAUAUUUCAGCAAAAGAAUUAUCAGGAACCCGGAAGAUACGCCCGAUACGGAAAACGACGACCGCGUGUCUCGACGACUCUGCGCAAAAUGGUCACUCCCUAACCCUACGGCCACAGUGCCUGAGCUUAACAACAGGCAAUCGACAGUACCAGAAGCAGACUACAGGAACAAGCGCGCUCAAAAUUCCUUUGACCAUCAAGAAACUCCUUCUUCGACUCCCGGCCGUUAUAUGAUUGAUUCACCUGAAAUCGCGACUGCGUCUAUGCGUGACGCGACCAAUAGACGCGCAUCAUUCUCGACCCCUUCAUUUGAAUCAACAGAUGAUACAGAUGAAGUCCUAAUAUCCGUUGAGCGGUCAGCGGAACGACCAGGUGGACGUUACAAGAAUGCGAUGAAAGCGUCUCAACAACCAAACCAUUUGAGUGCUCAUCCCAAGGAAAAACCACAGAAUCUCCUUCAGCAACGCGUUGAAGAGCUACCGAGGCUCCCUAUCACCUCAACAGAUACAGUUGCGCCCAGAAAUGCAGAGGUAGCUGCCGUCUUUGUCCAAAUCAGGCCAGAGCAGGCGCCUGAGCAAGUAGGUCUAGGAAUGGGUCCAUGUGAAGGCGCUGCGGAACUCAUGGCGUGGAUGGUUGCUGGAAAGAAUCUUGAAGAAGCCUUUGAGAAAUGGUGUGGAAAGUUUAUUACUCUAUAUCACCGAAAAAAGAAAGGUUCUCAUUCGCCUGUUGGAACAAAGAUUGCCAUGGGCUGGUGAUUGAACAGAUGUGAGUCGUGAAGGCAGCAGGUAUGCGGUCUUGUCAAUUGGACUUAAGGGGCAAGAUGAGCGGACUCCCUUUGCAUUAGUGUCGGGCUUCCAGGAGAGUCCUGGCGAUACAUAUGCUACAUCUGUUGGUUUGUGUUUUUUUAUAGUUGCAAAGGACUCUGGUUGACAUCACUGUGGGUACGAUGAAACCGAGCCUGAUUGUAAUGUGCCAUUGAGAUAACGAGUCCAAG